CGUGGCCAUCGGAGAAGUUGCCGGCGUCAUUUGACGCUCUCAGCGUUGUACUCUUAAAGUUUUUAAAAAUUUCAUUCGAAUUAUAAAAAACGAAGCGCGCCUGUACUAAAAUUUUUGGAAUACAUUAUAAAAAAACGAUUAAAAAUAAAUAUAUGCGGAUACAUGGCCGUACCGUAAGUGAUAACCUGUACCCAACAAAAUAAGUUUAAAAUUGGUCGUUUGUAAAUUGGUUGCGUACUGCGGAUGGCGUGCAGAAAUAGUGAUAGUUUAGAGCUGUCGGAGUACUUCAACAAUGACGACAGCGAAGGAUAUCGUCUGGCAGAGUUCCUGCAGAAAAAGCGUGGUCGUGUACAGAGUCAGAAUCUUCUUUUCGUAAACAAUGAACCAUUUCGCUUGAGCGUGGACGUACAGACAGAGAAAGCUGCAGAAGAAACAAAUCGCGAGGAAGAAAACAAAGCCGGGGAGCGAAGUGAAAAUAAUACUAUAAAUGCCGAUAGUAAUGAGGCGUGUACCAAUGGGGACGUGACUACUAAUAAAAAUAAAUCAUACCUAGCUUCUAGACGCGAAUGUGCUAAUACCACUAAUGUGCGUUCGCCGCCAGCUGUGCCCACAACAAACAACUCGCCUUUAUCGAGACAAUCUUCACCAUUAAGGCCUUCAACAGCGCUGAGUCCGAAGUUCUCGGCAGCUCUUCGAAAGAGUGGUGGGUAUUCGCCAAGUGAUUAUCUGCGACGGUACAGUCUGAAAAGAAGGUCGAAACUUGGACGUCGAACGUUACUGCAAGAAUUUGAGAAUACUGUUUCUGACUCAGCAUUUGCUCCCGACGUAUGUAGCACCCCAUUAUCGCAGGAAGCCUCUCAUUGCAAGGAAACAUCUAAGAAUGAUGAAAAUGUUGCGCCCAAUUCAGAGGGGUAUAAAAAUACCACAAUUGCUAAUGAAAAUGAAACAGAUAAGCUGUUCACAACAAUGCAAUGUAAAGACACCGAGUUGAGACAAAUGUUGGAAACUAUUUUAGAGAAAACAUUAAAAACAACAGAACAAUUUGCUGGAAGAGAUGACGAAAAUAACUCCCUGGCGGUAAAACCUGCUGGAGAGUAUAUAGAGAAAUCGCCUAUUAAAAGGGUAUAUACUUUAGAAAAAGGUGAAAAGCCUGGACAAGUUGUACUUACGCCAGAAGUAAGUCCAUUUGUAUCACCACGUAGUCUUGAUCACUCUAACAUUAUGAGAAACAAAAGCGUGUGCAAAUUAAGAAACAAAUGUUCCAAAUCUAAAUUGUCCAGCCGAAGCUUGCUGUCAAAUGCAUCUGUUCUGCCCAACAAUACCACACGUGCUAGUCCGAAUGUAACCCUUCCAGAUGUUCGACUUUCUGGCAGCCUUAUGGAAAUAAGUCCCAUUGGGAGUCAUCACGUGACACAUAGUAGAGGCUCUGUUGCCAACGACAACAGAAGUGCUAUGAAUAUUACUCUACUAACACCAACAAAUAGUAGUUCACUUAAAAAAAAUGCCUUUUCUGAAAAUGUCGUUACCAAUCAGUCGCAUGUCACCAUUAGGGUGGAAAGCCCUAGGUUUAUACGAUCGCCACAGGGAUCCAAUCAGUUUAAUGUCAAGAAUAAUUGUUCAGUUGCAUCACAUGGUGUUCGUUCGCCAUCUGUAAUCGCUUCACCUGACCAAUGCCGUAUAUCUAUCAUAUCUUCUAGAAAAACCGAUAAUGUUUUAUCAAAUGACGGCACAAUCGAUGAAGAGGUCCCAAAUACCCAACAUGUUAAUAUUUCUUUUCCAAACGUUUCAAAUAAUGAAAGUAUGAUGGUUCCAGAAACGCAAGAGGCCUCAAUAGAAGUUCAGAAUUGCGUAAGGGCUCAAUCGAAAUCAAACAUGGUAAUAAUACCCGUUAAUCAAACAUUUAACACCACACUUCCCCAACGAUUGGCAGAUUCCACAGAAAAAAGAACAGAAGAAGCCGAAUACCUUAAAACCCCGCCGAAAGAAAAAGAACCAAUAAGUGAACAACAGAUCAAUGACGGUACAGAUGACAUAAAACUGACAGAUAUCAUGACGGAUGAUGAGGAGCCUGCUCCUAAGACAAUUCUGAUACAAUCAAUGGAGAAUAAUAGUCAGGGUCCCUUAAACCUUGCUGCGGGAAAUAGUAAUACUCGCUCUAAACGACUGCGGAAAAAAUCUCUACCUAGGCGGCGUCUUCAAAUGGAACACUCGCAGAUUGCCAGUACCGAGACGGAAACAGAAUUGGCUCCUCUGUCGCUUCAUCAUCAAAUGGGACAGCGCAAGCGCAGCUCCAGGAAGAAACAGAUACCAUUAAAUAAAGCACCCGGCACUCCUUUAAAUGGCGAGAGGUUCGCCCUCGAACUAGCACGAAUGAGCAAUUAUGAAAUACUUGACUUGCGCAAACGUAACUCCAUGGGGAGAGUUUUCGCCAUUAACGGAAGAAAAUCAUCUCGAGCUAAACAGGAAAUCAUUAAAAAGCAGCUUCAACUCGGCGAUGAAAUAGAAAUGGAACUUAAAAGAAGAAAUCGUGAACUGUCUAGGAAGGAGAGUGGUGAGGAUGGUGAGGAUGGUGAGUCCCACAUCAGGAGUAGAGAUGUAAGCGUGCAACAUGUUUGCGUCAAUGAAGUGGUUACAAAAGAUCAAUGUUUGCCGGCACCAGAUGAGUUCCGAGAUGUUACUUUACAAAGGGACAUGGAAGAAUACAAUUCUCCUUUAAUUGAUGAGAGAUCCAGUGACCGUGUAUCAUUCAUGACAAGAUCAACUCAAAAACAAAUACGUAAGGAAUCAAUGCCUGAAGUACUGCAACACUAUUUGAAUAUACCUAGUAGAAUUAGUCAGAAAAAGAAAAGCUCUAUUAGGAUGUCAAAACCAAGACCACUUUAUACGCGAGGUUUCUCGGAUUCGGAAGACAAAACACUUGAUAGUUCUUUGGAGAAAAAUCAGGCUGACACAAACGAUGCUGUCAAACAAAUUACUUUACCAUUUGUGCCCUCCCCUCCAAGAUCGGAUUUAAAUCAUUUGUCAUUAUAUAAAGCGGUUUCCCCGCCUCCACCCGAGGAGCAAAGCCAACAUAUAGACAUUGCAUCAGCAGUGACGAACCUACCCCCACCUCCACAGUUUGAGUCGGAUUCUGGUAUUGAUACUAUCGAUAGAAACUCACCAAUGCAAAGUCCUCCAGAAGACCCUUUAGAUGGGAAGAAGAAUGAAGAUGAUAUAUUCAAAAAACCCAUAGCUGAACCCCCAAAGCAACGGCGAGGCCGCAAGAAGAAAAAUAAAUCCAUGAUAUCUGUUGUUAGCGACGACUUUAAAACGACGGAUGCGAUUGCGGAAUCUGCAGACGCUUCCAAGGAACAUUGUACUGACUCUUUAAGUAACUCCAACCUUCGUAGAUCGAAGCGUGGUCAUGUGCCACUUAAAACUCCACAGCCAUUGUUUCAGUUAUUAUUUCAAAAGGUACUUGGUACGCAUGAGAAAACAAGAGAAAAAAGAAAACUACAUGUCAGCACAAACGCUUCUGCGGCAAAUGGGUCCUUGUCUAAUAGUCGAAAAGCUGAAAAGAAAUCAACUAAAAAAGAUUCAAACUUUUCCGGAACCGAAAGGGUUCCUAAGGAUAAUGCAAAAAUAUUGAAAGUAAAAAAAGUAAAAAGUUCUAAAACUAAGAGUUCUAAAGAAAUGUUGUUGGACAACAAACAGAAAGAUUUGAGUGACGUAUCGUUGGAGUGUGGCCGACUAAAAUUAUCUAAUCCACCGCCUAUUGAUCAUUUUAACAACAUAUUCGACAACUUGCGAAAUAAUAGUACUGAUUUAACCUCAGACAGUGCAAAAGAUGUUCCAGACAAACCCAUUAAAGAAAAGAAAUUGCGAGUGCGUGUGGCACGAGUGAAAUCAUUGAAGCCUCCGCCAACUACUAACACUGCACUAACGGAAAAUAAUGUGGAAAGAUAUGACGCUCACGCUACUUCCGGGGAAGCCGCCUCAGUUACAUCAAGUGCUGAUACUAAUAGCUCAAAUUUGGCGUUAAUUUCAUGGCUUAAAAACAUAACAGAAACAGAGACCAUACCAAGAACUGAUGAUAUUUUCAAAGAAAUGCGAAUUUCUAGCGCAUCCAGUCUUGGCUUUACCGAAUUGCAGGGUGUAGAAUAUGCUUUUUACGAUACAGAGGACAAAGCAAGUUUAGGCUAUCUUAGAUUUAAACCCCGACAAAUAAAGCCACGUAAAAGAGCCAAAAAAUAUCAUUUGCAUUUUGUUACUUUGGAUGGUAACUUUAGAAUCACAGCUAACGAUAAGGAAAGAAUUGUUGGUCCCGGUGAUAUGGUUGCUAUUGAAAAGUCUGUUUAUUACGAAAUUGAAAAUUUAUCUGAUGACACUGGCAUUCUUAUGGUCAUUAAAAAAUGACCUGAAUAUAUAUAAACUUAAAAUUAUUAGUGUUUUAUGUAAUAUUAUUUUGAGUUAUGUAGUUACAUUUUAUUAAUACACAAUCUAUAUUUUUUAAGUUAUUCAAAUUAAUCUGGUAAAUUGGAAAGCUUGUUCAAAAUGAAAAUUACGUUCAAAUUUUUACAUGAAACUAAUUAUGUCCUUAAAGGUAUUGCUUAAAUAAAGUUUUUCACAUCGACACGGAACUGAAA